AAUGAACCGGGCAGGACGGAUUAUGCCCGGAGCUGGGACGGAGGCACUCACCGCAGCUGUAACUCAAACACAAACUUUUGAGUCUUAUUUCAUUUUUAUAUAAUGUACUGACCUGAAAUUUCCUGGACGUGUAGUGGAAUUUCAAAAAAUCUGAUCAAAAGUUGAGAACAGCAUCCCAGCAGUUUACAGAACCGAGUACUUCCCGCUACUUUAUAAAGUGAUCUGGACAUCGGGACGAACAGAUGCUCCGCACAGCAGCGCCUGAACUCUCCACCUGAAGAGACAGGCAGUGAACCAGUCAACAUGUCAGCGCUCCGAGCAUGUUGCUGUUCAGAGACUGAGAUGAGCUGAAGUCGACUUGUUAAAGUUUUUAUCCUCACAUCCAUCGCUCUGCUCGUCCGGUGUUAAGAUCUUUUGUCCGACAAUGAUGCUUCUCAGCAUGAAGGCAUGUCUUCUGACUCUGCUGUGUGGAAUAUCUGUUUUGUUUUCUGUGGAGAGUGAGAGUGCCUCCAUCACCACCAGCACCAUCACCACCAGCACCAGCAGCAGCAGCAGCAGCAGCAACUCUGCUACUGCUGAACCGAACGGGGCGAACCGGCCGCCCACCACUGCGGCUGAUCAUGAAACAACUCCAACUCUCAAACCUGCAGAAGUCACUGCCACUGCAACAACCUUCACCACUGUGCCACCAGCAACGCAAACAGAAGAGGCAGUCGUGAGCAGCCAGAGUGACUCCUCGAAUGGCAGCAGGGCUUCGACAAGCCCGGGGCCAGGGUUGCUGAGUACCCCCACAGUGGUUACCACGGCCGCAGGCGAUGCACAACCUUCCCAUAAGGCAACGAUCUCACAGACAUCCAAACCUACAGAGGAUCAUUUACAGCAACAGUCGUCCACCGCCACUACUGAUGCGACAGCUUCUGCAGCGCCUUCUGCAUCAGUGGCUGUGUUUACGCUGCUGCGGUCGGCAAACACCACUCAGCCCGAUGUCACAUCCAGGUUAACUUCCAGCCCCACUUCUCAUAAUUCGACUCCACGCGUCACGAGCAGUCCAUCAGCCUCUACUGCGACUAUGCCGAACCCCGCCUCUGGGUUUGACCUCAUUUCUUCACCUGUCACGUCGACAAAGACAUCCACCACCGGCGCCGAGCUUUCAUCCGCGUCUCGGCGCGUUCCCGACACAACAGCCCACGUGUCCACGUCACGGUUUCUUGACACAGCAGGGUCGAGCUCUGCUACCACGUUCUCCUCCGGCUCCUCCGGCUCCACCGCUGUUGUCUCUACCAGUGUGGCAGGAAUCCUGAUCCCUCGCAAGCAGACGCCAACUCCGUCGUCCAGUUCAACCCCAGCAGCUACGGCAGCACCUUGUGAGGUCUCAAAGGGCCCAACCGGCGCUGAGGUCCAACCCUGCUCCACCCGCGUAGUGAUGAACCACUGCCUGAUCGCCAUCGCCUCGCUGGCCGUGUUGGCCACCAUCUUCAUGAUCUCCACCAUCAUCCUGUGCACCAAGCUGUCAUCGAGGAAGUACAAGGUCAAGAGGCCUCCGCAGUCGACUGAGAUGAUGUGCAUCUCCGCCCUGCUGCCCGAGAGGAAUUACAACUACUCGAGGCAACGGAACCCGGUCGCCAACGGAGUCCUGGUGAUCCCCAGCGGCGGAGACAGUGACGAGGACGGAGGAGAUAACCUCACGCUCAGCAGCUUCCUUCCAGAGAAUGACCGUUUCGUUUAGAUGGAUUCAUCAUAGUUACUGACGUUCGCGUUCAUCAGACCCUCAAUUUAGACGGAUGUGGCUGAUGUCAGUGAUGUGGACCCAAGUUGCUGUUUCAAUACACCAGUGCUUCCUCUUUGAUCAAUGCACGCCCCUGUUCCUGUGCAGGAAGUAGAGACACAGACACCACUGAUGCACACACGCACACACGCACAGAGUUUCUGAUUCAUGUGCAUGUACCAUUAACCAUAUCUAUAAGGUCAGGUCCUGAAUUUUCUAUCAUAAGAGAGAAUAAACACGUUUUCUAUAAUUUGUCACUCAUCUUCCACUGAAGAAUUUAAACCAGAACGAGGAGCAGAAUAAAAAAAAAUGUAUUUUUCACAUUUUUUUCAACUUCCUGAACUCAGCCUCGAUGGUAUUUCACUUAGCGACGAGACAGAGGAAGGCUUGUUUUGUCAAGGUGUUACAGUGUCCUUCACAGACGCUGCUCUGUGGCAGCUGAGGCUUGAUUCUAUGAAUGUAUUUGUGUAUUUCGAUUGAUGAUGAACUUUAGGCGACUCUGAUUAUGUGGGUGUUUGUGUUGAAAUGCAGCUUCUGGCAUAAUUUAUUAAAGGAAUGUUUUAUUUAAUGUUUUAAUUUAAA